AUGUCCAAGAAACGCAAGCAGCCUUUUGAACGUCUUCCUGAUGAAAUGAUUGCAGAGAUCAUGGUCGACUCUGUGUCGUUUGAUGAUCUCAAUGCGCUUAAAAAUACGUGUAAGAGGUUUAAGAGCCUCUCUGAAGACGCUUUGGUUUUGCAACGAAUUUCAAGGGAGGUAGUUGCUGAAAGCCUAUGGCAAAAGAACAACAAACCCACGGCAUACCUCAAACGAUGUGCAGAUGCAGGAAAUCCUGAAGCCCAAUACCUCUUGGGAAUGAUGACGAUCUUUUGCUCCGGGAAGAAAGAGGAGGGUGAGGAAUAUUUAAGGAAUGCGAUUAAAAGAGGUCACCCUGGUUCUAUCUAUGCAAUGGGAUUGAUCCUUAUCAGUGAGGGGAAAUAUUCAGAAGGAAAAGAGCAUAUGGAAAGGAUUGACCAUAAUCUUUCAUCUUGUAGAAGCAUUACUAAGUGGGUCCUUAGAAAGAUCUGGGUUAACCAGAAGCUGCCGUGCAAAGUAGAAAAAUGCGAGAAUUCAAAGUGCCAAAGUCCGAGAAUGAUGGGAUGGGAUGAAGCGAAGGAUUACAGUCGAUGCUGUUCGACUAAGUGUAAAUGGACAUGGGAGCUCAAGGAAUUUUGCUUUUGA